CUGAGAUUGAUCGCAUCUUUAGUAUCAUUGAAUCACAUAUAGACCGACCUUGGCGGUGGAAAUUCAGCAGUCUAAACGCAUUACUCAUACCAUUUCCUCUGGGUAGCACGCGACACAAAGCCUCACGCAACACAAAGACAUGGCGCAAAUUCGACAGAACCCAGUCCCCACGAAUGAGUUUUUCCCCAAGGGUGGCUGGGAUACUCAUCAUCACAUUUUUGAGCCCAACUCAUAUCCCUACAGCCCAUCAAGGCAUUUGACACCGCCUGCGGCGACUAUCGAGGCUUUCGAAGAUUUCCGGAAGAAGUUAGGGUUCACUAAAUCUGUGCUCACUCAUGGACUCUCGUACGGAGAUGACUGCACUUCCCUUAAGGCCUUCGUCGGCAGGCUAGGAAAGCCGAGAACCUCUGGCGUGGGGGUCAUUGAUCCCUAUGCAACUAGUGACGAGGAGAUUCUGGACAUGCACGCUGCGGGUGUCUGCGGUCUUCGUGUCAACUUGUACGCUCAAGGGGCCAUGGAGGAUGUUGAACUGCAGAAGAAGACCCUCCGCGCGUACCUGGAUAGGAUUGUGGCCCUGUCACUUUCUUGGAGCUUGACUAUGACCACCAUUCGCACAGAGUUCUGGGAUAUCCUGGAGCCCUUCGUAAAGCAGCAUUUGGUACCUGCUGGGGUCCCUCUCAUCACUGAUCAUUUUGCUCUCCUCAAGGCGCCUAGCAUGCUGUCCGGGCAACAUCGUCAGAACCCGACGGAGCAGCCGGGUUUCCAAUCCAUCAUGCGUUUGAUCCGCCACGGCCAUCUGUUCAUCAUGCUUAGUGCACCUUACCGUGUCAGUGAGCAGGGCCCUCACUACGAGGAUCUCGAGUUCCUUGUGCGUGCCUGUGUCGAUGCAAACAAGCAUCAGGUCAUUUGGGGCAGUGACUGGCCCCAUACACCUCGCAUGAAGGUUCGAACGCAUGAGGAUGCCAUGAAAGAGGCUCCAUUCCUGGAUGUGGAUGACGUGGCGUGGAUUCGAAGCUUGAGGAAGUGGCUGUCCGAUGAGGAAUGGGACUUGAUCUUUGUGCAAAAUCCUGCACGUCUGUUUGGUGCGUCAAACUAG